AUCGCCGUUGCAGUUCUGAUCCGAUCUCGGUUAGGUCUCUCGGUCUGGUGUUCUGUGUCAUCUGCGGGUGGCCAAAGAUUUGGACCGCGAUGACGCAGGACGACUAUACUCGCCGUGGUUUCGCGCAUCAAAGAUGCCUUGCUGGAGCACUGCGAUGGGGACGGCGAGACGGUGGACGGAUCUGUUCCGAUCGUGUUCACUGACCCGCGGCCGCAGCCGACACCGGCACGCAGACGGACGAAAUGUCUGCCACCGCCACCACCGGAGAUUCAGUCGACCGCACUCGAGUGGCCACUCGUGACGUCGCGUGCAGCCAUUUCGAGGUAUCGUACGCGAACGGAUGCGCCCAGCUGAGCCCGGCCACUAGCGAUGUCGCGUCCGGUGAUGAGACCGUUUACGUGGACGGAUCCGCUCAAGUCGGCGUGGCGAUAUGCCACGUCGCGUCAGGCGUCGACGUCGAGUACGUAAACGGACGUUCCGCACGGACAUGUAAUGUGGUGGUGCAAAAUAGGGCGCGCACGAUGGCCUAAGAAAUGGUCCAACUGGCACCGACGGCCGAUAGUACGUCUGGCCCCGGCACGGAACUCGGCCCGUCAAAAGCUGACACCCAAGAGUGUACGUUAAACCGAACUUAUAAAUAUUGGAAACUGCGGUUCUCACUAUUUUCGAAGUUUGACGAGGAAGUUAUGCUCGAUGAGGCCAGUAUGUACUCCGUUUGCCCAGAAGUACUGGCACAACAUAUUGCCAAGAGGUGUACUUCAUUCGGUACGGUCUUGGACCCGUUUUGUGGUACCGGGGUUAAUGUAAUACAGCUGGCAUUAACUUGUGACCAUAGUAAGCUUGUUCAUACUACGAUUGAACAUAAUCGCCUUGGAUCCAAAAUUGACUUGGAUUCAAAGAAAAUAGCUUUGGCCAAAAAAAACGCAGAGGUUUAUGGAGUGGCCCACCGGAUAGAUUUUAAGGGGGGCAAUUCUUUCUUGGUAGCCGCUAACCUCAAGGUGGAUGCCGUUGUCGCCUCCCCGCCGUGGGGCGGUUCCGGGUACGAAAGGCGAGCAAAGUUUGACGCCAGAGACCUUUGUGGACGUGAAACUGAUGGAAUGGCAGCUUUUAUUCGGAUGGCACGUGCGGUUGCACCCAAGGUGGUUCUGCACGUACCGAAGAAUAUAGAUAAAUCCCAAUAUUUGCAGAUGGCAAUGGACGAGGGGUUCAGUCGAAUACAGUACGAAAGUGUAUGGAUUGACAAAAAACCGAACUGUAUGAACCUCUAUCUUACAAGAAACGACACAAACGCACGAGGAAUACCAGUUCAAACUUCAAAAUUGGUGCAACCGGAUAAUCCAUCGUCAAAUAAACAACAAAUCGAGCGUCUGCGUACAGAGGACAAGUUCAUGUACAAAUCGUAUUUAAAUAAGAUUAUUUUCGUCCUACCAAAAUACGAAAAUUACAAGAACUCAUCUAUUUGUACUUUUACAUAUUUUCAAUUUUUUCCACACAAAAUAUUCGCUGAAAAAUACUUUUUUUUUUUUGGUGGAUUGGAUCAUCAAGCAGUAGUGGGCUUUGUCGUGAAUGACAAACUCCUACCUAACGUAAAACGCUUUGAAGUAAUUAACGACAGAAUAUGCUAUCUGGAAUUAGAAUUUAAAAGAUACAACUUAGUCAUAAUCAAUGGUUACGCACCUAUUGAGGACAAAAAUGAGGAUAUUAAGAAUGAAUUCUAUGAAAAACUGGAUACUAUAUGUGACCUACUACCAAACAACAAAGUUAAAAUAAUACUUGGAGAUUAUAAUGCUAAGAUAGGUCAAGAAUCCUUCUUUAGUCCGACAAUAGGAAAAAAUAUCUUACAUACAAACUCAAAUGACAAUGGUUCAAGACUG